AGCCCAUUGGUUGCAUCCAUAAAUAACAUAAUCCAGGCGUGGGACCAUGAUUCACAAAAACGGUCAUCAAUGUCGCUAAUAUCUAAUAAGUUAUAUAAUCUUUAUUCAUUAAUUAAAAAAUCUUGCGAAGGUUCUUCCGAAUCUCAUAAUGAAAAUGUCAUUUAUGAGAUGCAAACAAAUAGUAAUUCAAUAAUCAAGGAAGUUUCUGAUGAGGAUUUUGCAUCCGACCUGAAUCAGGCCGAGGCCUUCCAUGCACAAAGGUUAUUUUCAAAAGCGUUUCCAAUAUUUAAAAAAUUUGCGCAGAUGGGAAAUAAGCCUAAAAAUAUGGACUAUGUGCUUCAUUAUUUGGUUUUUCAUUAUUUGAAGCCUGUUGCUAGAAAUGAUUCGCUAGAAAUGGCAAUUUUUAUGAAAAAAAAUAUGGAUAUUGGUCACAAUUUGUUAAAAGCUGCACAUAACCAUAAUCAUAAAAAUGCAGCUACUACAUUGCAGCAACUCGAACAAGACAAUGGACAAGACAUAACAGCUGAAUUUAAAAAUGAUGCAAUUGUUGAAUUGAAGGAAUCUAGUGAGUAA